GCUGCGACGGCCGGCCCUGCAGACUGCACCGAGCUGGAGGAGCGGCAGAAGGAGGGGAAUAUGAAGGCUGAUUUUGAGGCGUCUCUGCCCGCCGGACCGGAGGCGUCUGCGAUCCAGUGCCGAGACGUGUGCCGGUCGUACGGCAAGCAGAAGGUCCUCAACAACCUCAACCUGACUGUACCACAGGGACACAUUUACGGCCUGUUGGGUCCCAGUGGAUGCGGUAAAACCACGCUGCUGAAAUGCAUGGUGGGAACUCUGAAAAUCUCGCGGGGUCACAUCACCGUGUUGGGGAAGCCACCUGCGUACCCGGGUCACGAAGUGCCGGGGAAGAUGGUCGGGUACAUGCCGCAGGAGCUGGCGUUGUACAACGAGUUCACCAUCAGCGACACUCUGACCUUCUUCGGCCGAAUCCACGGCCUGACGUCGAAGGAAACCCGGGCCCGCAUGGAUUUCCUCGUAGACUUCCUGGAUCUACCUCAGAAGCACAGUCUGGUCCGAAAUCUCAGUGGCGGUCAGAAGCGCAGGGUGUCUCUUGGAGCGGCUCUGCUUCAGAAUCCAGAGCUGCUGAUUCUGGAUGAACCGACUGUCGGAGUGGACCCCGUUCUCAGGGCGAAGAUCUGGCAGCAUCUGGUUGAGAUCGUGAAGACGGGGAAAGUGUCGGUCAUCAUCACCACACACUACAUCGAGGAGGCCAGGCAAGCCAAUGUGGUUGGUCUCAUGAGGAACGGCCGUCUGCUGGCUGAAGGACCUCCAGACGCCGUCAUGAAGCAGCACAAUGCAACAACCCUGGAGCACGCCUUCCUGCAGCUGUGUCAGACGUCGGACCAGAUCGGCUCCAAGCAGGGGUCCAGUCCGCCGGGGGCGCUGGAGAUCAGCCAGUCGUUCGAGAGCGGGCGGGACGAGAGUCGGCCAAUCCUGGCGGUCGAACCAGGAGCUGAACAGGAAGUCCCCAUGUAUUCAGCGGACUGGAAGGUGCGAGCUCGACACGUUCUUCCCAAGUGGAGAAACAUCGUCGCACUGAUGAUCAAAACAUUGGUGCGGAUGAAGAGAAUGCCAGGAUCGUUGUGUUUCCAGUUCCUGCUGCCCGUCAUCCAGGUCUCUCUGAUCUGUUUGUGUAUCGGAGGAGACCCAAACGGGAUCCAGGUCGCCGUGGUGAACAACGAGACCUCUCCCUCAGCUUACAGCCAAUCACUGCUCUCCUUCCUGGACAACUCCAGCCUGCACCAGGUGCCCUUGUCCCACGCGGAUGCCUUCGAUGGGGUCUAUAACGGAGAGUACUGGGGCGUCAUCGGGUUCGGCAAGAACUUCACCAGCUACCUGACCAAAAGGAUGAUGCAGCGGCAGGUUUCCAGAGAUGUGGUUGACGGAGGAUCAGUGCACGUCUGGCUGGACCUCACAAAUCGACAAAUUGCCUUAAUGCUGCAGAAGAAACUACACGAGGCCUUUCAAUCUUUUGUGGAGAAUAAAUUGGGAAGUUUGGCGUACCUGGUCGCGCUGCCAAUAAAGUUUGAAGAGCCGAUCUACGGCAGCCUAAACGCUGACUUCACUACGUUUGUGACUCCCGGAGCUGUUCUCAGUAUCACCUUCUACCUGGCCGUGGGUCUGACAGCUCUCUCCUUUGUCCUGGAGAGGAAGGAGGGGCUGAUGGACAGGUGCUGGGUCGCAGGUGUGAGCUCUCUGGAGACGAUGCUGGCUCACCUCUUCUCUCAGCUGUUUGUCAUCAGUGUUCAGAUCGUCCUGCUGCUGCUCUUCAUUCUGCUCGUCUUCAAGUUGCCCAAUGAAGGCUCCUUGUUUCUGGUCAUCGUCCUCAUCGUGCUGCAGGGCAUCACCGGCAUCUCCUUUGGCCUCGUCAUCUCAGCCGCCAUCGACGACGAGCAGAACGCCAACCAGGCCGCCCUCGGCAUCUUCUACCCCAACCUCAUCCUCAGCGGUAUCAUCUGGCCGGUGGAGUGUAUCCCGUAUCCUCUCCGCUACAUCAGCAUGGCUCUCCCUCAGACCUACGCCUCCGAGGCCCUCCGCUGUAUCAUGUACAGAGGUUGGGAUCUGACCCAGAUGAUGGUGUGGAGAGGAUUCGCCGUCACCCUCGGCUGGAACACGUUCUUCAUCGUCCUGGCCACGGUCAUCCUGAAGCUGAGGACGUGACGGCCUCUCCGCCUUCUUCAGCGAGGAGACGGAGCCGUCGGGUGGAGCCCAGAGAGCAGGAGGAGGGUCAUUGUGGUUUAAUGGACUCGUGGGGUUGAUGGUUGAUGCACCUCCUCCAUAUUGUCUGUCUUACACACAGAAAACACAGACCGCAGUCAGCUGUCUGAACCUGCAGCAGCUGCUCUGGCCUGCAUGAGUGAAAUUUCAAAACGCUGCACGUAAAAGUACAGAGGACAGGAUAUGUACAUGCACAACAUGAGAGUUUAUGUUAGAGGCUUCAUGUCAAAUGAGGAUAGUUUUUGUUUCACUUAUAUGUGCAGUUUGUUGGAACUUGUCACCCUCAGAAUGCACCAACUCAGGGUCGUGUUUUUCCAUUUGUUUGCCCUCGCUCUUAAUGAUAAAAGAGAGAUUUGAUGGUGAAUAAACUAAAUACGACUGUAGGAUGCAGGUUUUGUCCGCACAGUGUUUUGUUGUCUACUUUAUAUUUGCAUCAUGGAGAAGUUGUAUGUUAAAGUGAAAAGGAGUCUCAGCACAAAACACUUUUUUGUCAACAAGAAAAUGUGAAAUUAUGUUUUAUUUUUUUAUCCUUUUGCUUCAAAAGCAGAAACCUUGAGUAGAGGAUUGUUGUGGGAACCCAGAAUGAGUUUAAAAGUACUGACCGCAUGUUGGUAAAGAACUUCUCACCCGUUCAGCGUCAGUAUCGUCUCUCUAACGUGUGUGAGACAGGAAGUGGUGACUCGUGUUGGUGCGUGAUCAGGUGCUCAGUUGUAAACCGUCAUCAUCAUCAUCGUUCUAUGUUCUGGUUGAUGGGGUUCUCCAUAACUUGUGUUUUGUGCCUGCAGCUCCUUUGGGACAACAGAAGUAGUUUGAAGUUGGUGAUGGGAAAGAAUUGGUACUGUAUUAUUUACUUUACUUCUUUUUUAUUUUAUUAUUAUUACUCUCCACUAUUUGCUGGACGGAACAAAAUAUGUUCCUGUUUUUUUACAAAAUACGUCUCGUACUUUGUUCAUGACUCUUUCACCAACAGAACCAGAAUAAAGCACACAGGAGGAAUUCUGUUUAGGAUUCAAGGCGUCAUGGAGACGCUGUGGGAAAAGAAAAAGCAAAAUCCAGAAAUGAGGCACAACUAUGAAAUCUAGACUGACACGUACACUCUUUGACAUAAAGGUGCUAACUAGAACCAUAUAGGGUUCUUCUGCUUGUCCUCACUGGAGAACCACUUUAAAAGAGGUCCCUGCAACAAUCCCUUUCACCUGGUUCUACCUUGAUCCCAACAUAAAAGCUUAUACCUGGAGCCAUCUGUGAAAGGUUCCACCCAGAACCCCCUUAUGAGAGUUUCUAUAGAGAACCCUUCUAUGGUUUAAUGGUACCACCUGGAACAUUCUAUAAGAGGUUCUACUGAAAACCAUUAUAUGGUUUAAUGGUUCCACCCAGAACCCCCUAUGA